AUGUCCUACCCGCAGUUUGGUUACCCCUACUCCUCCGCACCCCAGUUCCUGAUGACCCCCAACUCCCUGAGCACGUGCUGCGAAUCCGGUGGCCGCACGCUGGCCGACUCCGGGCCCGCAGCCUCGGCCCAGGCGCCCGUGUACUGCCCGGUCUAUGAGAGCCGGCUGCUGGCCACUGCGCGCCACGAGCUCAACUCGGCCGCAGCACUGGGCGUCUAUGGGGGCCCCUACGGCAGCUCGCAGGGCUACGGCAACUACGUGACCUACGGAUCCGAGGCCUCCGCCUUCUACUCGCUGAACAGCUUCGACUCCAAGGACGCGCCAGGAUCUGCGCAUGCGGGCCUCGCACCCGCCGCCGCCGCUGCCGCGGCCGCCGCCGCCUACUACCCCUACGAGCCGGCGCUGGGCCAGUACGCUUAUGACAGGUACGGCACCAUGGACAGCGGCACACGGCGCAAGAACGCCACGCGGGAGACCACCAGCACGCUCAAGGCCUGGCUGCAGGAGCACCGCAAGAACCCUUACCCCACCAAGGGCGAGAAGAUCAUGCUGGCCAUCAUCACCAAGAUGACCCUCACGCAGGUCUCCACCUGGUUCGCCAACGCGCGCCGGCGCCUUAAGAAGGAGAACAAGAUGACAUGGCCACCCAGGAACAAGUGCGCAGAUGAGAAACAGCCCUAUGGGGAGGGCGAGGAGGAAGAGGGGGGAGAAGAGGACCCCCGGGAGGAGCCCCUCAAGAGCACUAAGAGUGAAGAGCCCCUCGGCAAAGAAGAGAAGGAUCUUGAGCUCAGCGACUUGGAGGACUUCGACCCGCUGGAGGCGGAGCCCCAGGAGUGUGAGUUGAAGCCGCCCUUCCCGCCCCUGGAAAGUGGUCUGGAACGCAUCCCUGCCACGCCUGACCGCCCCAGUGCCCCUGGUAAAGAGGCCUCGAGUGCCCACCGGAUGCCCCUCACCACCGAUGGCGGGUCUGCCCUGGACCAGGACCUGGAGAGGGCCCGGAGCUGCCUCCAGAGUGUGGUGGCGGGGCCGGAACAGCAACCGGGUGCCGCCGGCGGCGGCCCGCAGGCCUUUGAGGCCAAGCUGGGCUUUGUGCCGGCUGGGGCGACUGCGGGCCUGGAGGUCAAACCGCGCAUCUGGUCCCUGGCUCACACGGCGACUGCAGCCACUGGCACCAACCUGAGUCAGACUGAGUUUCCCUCCUGCAUGCUCAAGCGCCAAGGGCCUGCCGCCCCUGCGGCCGUCUCUCUGGCGCCCCCCUUGUCCUCACCUGCAGCCCCGUCCCCAGCCGGUGCUCUGGACAGGCACCAGGACUCCCCGGUAACCAGCCUCAGAAACUGGGUGGAUGGAGUCUUUCACGACCCCAUCCUCAGGCACAGCACUUUGAACCAGGCUUGGGCCACUGCCAAGGGCACCCUCCUAGACUCGGGGCCCCUGGGCCGCUCACUAGGGGCCAGCACCAAUGUGCUGACGUCACCCCUGGCCCGCACCUUCCCUCCAGCUGCCCCCCAGGAUUCUCCAGUGGCGGGCACCACCAAGGAGCUGCUGGCCCUGCCCAAAGCUGGUGGGAAGCCCUUCUGCGCUUAA